AUGGAGUCCGCCACAAAUCUAACCACCGCGUCGCCGCGAUCCACAUUUUCUUUCCCAUUACUGGCCCUUGGUAAAAUUCCUCCACCUCCACCGGAAGUUCUAUUGGCUGCUCUGAGUUACGGACGUGCGAUGAAUCACAAUCGUGAAAACGAGAUUGGAUCUCCAUCCGGUAGUUUCUCCUCAAACACACAUACAAUAUCGGAUGAGAAAUCUGUCGGAGUGGAAUUUUGGUUUCGAUGGCUUAUGCAACAGUCGAAUGUCUUCACCGAAUCCCAAACAAUGGCCCAAAUUCAUCCUCUUACUCCUCUUCUGAUUUUCCUAAUCGGAUUCAUCUAA